ACAAAGAUUCUACUCUUUGUACUUAAGAUUUGUUUAUUUUAGAGUUAGGUUAGGACUGGAGUUGUGUAUUAAUUGUUUAAUUAGGUUUGUAGAACAGUGUAGUGACGUGGGUUAAAGGAAAUUUAAUUAUCGUAUAUAGUUCAUAUUCAGCGAUGGAAGUUAACGUAUUUCAAGGUAUUAUACAUUUCAUAAACAACUUUCGAGGAUUAUCUAGAGACUGUAUGUUGGAAAUGAAGAGAAUAUACCCAGAUAUACCUGAAAAUACAUUGGGAAGCAUACUAUGUACAAAAUAUCAAAAGAAAAUGAUGGCGAAUCAUGGAAAAGUCAAGCAGAAGAAACAGAUUGUAGUCAAGAGGUAUAAAGAAGGUCUAGCAGCAGGUGAAGAGCCGGGUCUCAUCAUUCGUAUUGCCAAGUUCUACGAUGUUGCACCAGCCUUAAUGGCUAAAGUGAUCCUGGAAGAAUGCUUGGAGAAAAAGAACGAUAAAGAUCAGAACGGGCACUCCAAGAAUGCAAUAAAGGAAAUGCUAAAGGAUACCACCCUAAUACCAGACCCAGACCUGGCUUACGAAGUCUUUAUGAGCAUUGUCUUUGACAAUAUGUACGGAUCAAUAGCUGAUGUCACCAAAAGGUCACUGGGUGUGGAGUAUGAAGUGAAGCUGUAUCAUCACGUCCAACGUGUGGGUCUCUCCUACAAGUCGGAGGAGCAACUGCGAGCACGAGGUUACGACAAAACUCCGGAUAUCAGGCUGGACGUGCCGUGCGCAGUCGACGGCUUUGUCAUCAACUGGAUUGAGAGCAAAGCGGUAUUUGGAGACAAUGUCACCCACGACCAAUAUGCCCAUGACCAGUAUUACUGCUACUGGAAUAGGUUUGGCCCAGGCCUGGUGAUCUACUGGUUUGGUUAUCUCGAGACAGUUCCUCAGCCCAGUGAGAAGAGGUUCAUUGUCCGAGACAGUUUCCCCGAAAACAUCACCCUGAUGGAUCCCAGUCUCAUACAAGUACCGACAUUGGAUAUAUGCUGAAUCCGUUGCUGUCUAUAUUGCGUUUUAUUCGUGUACAUAUAUAAAUAAAAUAUAUAAUAUGUUUGUGUAAA